AGUGCUAGCGGCCGGCCGCCACCGAACGAACGUAGCCGGCUGGCGCUGCCCUGUGGAGCAGGGGCGGCUCGGCUCCGUGCACCGUACCGGUACCAGCGGCGCACUGCACCAGUAUACCAGCAGUGCUCCUCACCAGCAGUGCUCCGUCCCCGUGCUAUUUGCUGUGUGGGUGCGGGCCUGCGCGGUGACUGGGUCAGUGACGGUUUUCGCGCUGACGUCUGACGAAGUCCGCGGCGGGAAAUAUCACCUGGGUGACAACCAUCUGGUGAAAUGGAGUGACGAGCGCCGGAAGACGGCCAAACGUCUCGAAUAACGGAGAGGUCCCCGCUGGCAGCUUCACCGAGCGGUGGAAAUAUCAGCGGGCUGUCAGCGGAGCUGGUCGCCUUCACUGGAGCGCGCACUGCACAGUAGAAAGUAAACAAAACUGACGCGUGGUGUGCAGCAUUGUGGGGUUGGUGCAGUCGUCUUACCGCUGUUUCGGACACUGAAACGGCACGCGGGCAGCAGGAGGCACAGGCAUCAAAGACUAAACGGCACUGCCAGUGGCCGCAGCAACUCGCCAACUGUUCAGAAAUUCCCACAGCACAUGCAAGAUGCGCGGCACGGUCGGCCAGAACGACUGGCGGGUCCAGCCCGACAACACACUGCAGGUGGUCAACCCCAAAACGCCACAGAGAAAGGGCAUCGUCUCCGAGGUGCAGGAGCCGCAGAAGAACUACCGCGGUCUGCUGAUCGCCUGGCUGAUCAUCUUCGUCGUCCUGCUGGCCGUGGUCAUCAGCGUGGUCGUGAUCGGCGUGCGCGACCCGCGGCACGUGCUGAUCGGCCGCCGGCUGGACGUGCGGGACGUGCUGCGACACCCGUUCAGGACGCCGGCCUUCUUCGUGGCCUGGAGAGGCUCCAAGCUGUUUUAUAAGGACUCUAAAGGGGAUCUCAGAGAAUAUGACGUUCGGAAAAAUAGUUCUAGGAUAGUGUUUCGGUUUUCGGAAGAGGUGCCAGUCGGAGAUAUCGACACGCUCAUUACAUCGGACGGAAGAUAUAUACUGGAACGGAGAAGGAUACUUUACGGUCUCCGGAGUUCGUCCGAGGCGCAGUACACCAUUCAAGAUAUCAUCAAUGGUCACCAGUACCCGGUGCACCUGUCCGCGGACGCCGCCGAGGAGCCGCACCUGCAGCUGGCCCUGUUCUCGCCGCGGGCCCGGCCGGCGCCCGGCGGCUACCCGCUGGCCGUGGUGCGCGGCGGCGACGUGCUCCUGCUGCCGUCGGCCACCGGCACCACGGCCGCCGUCCGGCUGACCCGCACCGGAACGGACGACCGGACCGUGCUGAACGGAGUGGCCAACUGGUGGUACAGAGAGAACCGUUUCGGCAGCGCUCAGGCGAUGUGGUUCUCGCCGUCGGGCGGCCACCUGAUGUUCGUCACGUUCAACGACUCGUCUCUGGACGUGGUGGAGACACUGACCUACCCCAGGGGAGGCGCGAUCGUCCGGCGCAGGAUGCCCUAUCCAAAGUGGAGUGGAGCGAUGACUGAAAUAUCCAUCAGUAUAUGUGAUGUGGAUACUACAGUCAGUACCAGUAAACCAAGCAUAACACAGCUGAAGCUGGGCAAGGAUUCCAGGCAAAGUUUUUACCUGACGGAGGCGCGCUGGGUCGGGGACCGUAUGGUCUCCGUGUCAACCACCUCUCGUGACCUGACCUUGGGUCGGGUGUGGCUCUGUACCGCUCCCGGCUGGAACUGCACAGAGGCGUACGCUGCCGGCGCCGGCCGCCGGGUCAGCGAGCUGCAUCCCCUGUUCGCCGCUGACCGGUCCCGGUUCGUCGUACAACUGGAAGACGGGGCCGCGACCGGCACCGAGCUGCUGGAGGUGGCGCCCGCCGGCGGCCGGGUGCGGCACAGCACCGGGACACACCGCGUCAGCCAGCUGCUGUACUGGGACAGCGACCGCCACUGGAUCUACUACACUGGAGUGAGUAAUUCGGCCGGCCGGUCGGAGAGUCACCUGUACCGGCGGCCGGACUCAGGCGCGGCCCGGCCGGCGGCGGCCGCCUGUCUCAGCUGCGGCGGCGAGGCGCUGGCGGGGAGGCACUGCCACACCGUGCGCGCCGUCUUCCCGCCGGCCGGUGACGGCGGCGCGGCGGUGGCGCUGGAGUGCUCGCGCGGCCCGGGGCGCAGCCUGCUGCUGGUCGACCGGCCUCUGAGCCGCGCGCUGGCCGUCCUGGACCCCGGCGAGGAGCUGGCCGAGCGGACCCGGGGCCUGGCCGCGCCCCAGCUGAUCACAGAGAGGGUGACCCUCGGCGCCGAGACCGUGCUGCUGGAGGUGAUGAUGCCCAAGCUGUGGGACGAGAAGAAGGGCGGCAGCUACCUGUUCCCGUUCGUGCUGGACAUCCAGGACGAUGUGCUGGAGUUGGACUGGAGUCUGCAGUUCGCCACACUGAUGGUUAGCAAGUGGGACCUGGUGUUUGUGAGAAUUAAGUGCACCGCGCAACUGGCCCGCAGAAGCUUCUUCGAUAAUCAAAAGAGAACUGAGCACAUCUUCAGCCACCUGCUGGAGCAGUACCCGUUCCUAGACCCGGCUCGGACCGCCGUCCUCGGCACCGGAUUCGGAGGCCACACGGCCCUGGUGGCCAUGGCCGACAGUCCGCGGGUCGACUGUGGCGCCGCCAUCUGGCCGGUCGUCGAACUACAGCUCUACGACGCGUACCACGCAGAGCGGUACGGCGAUUCGACCAACAUCCUGGACGCCGUGGAGCGCCUACGCGACCACGCACUGUUCCUGGUGUACGGCACGGCCGACCCGCUCUUUGUGCACGGCGAGCUGCUCUCCCGGAGACUGGUCGAGCUCGGCGUGCUCUUCUACCAGCAGGUAUACUCGGACGAGGACGUCUACUUUCGCUCCGUCAAGUCUCACCUCCUCAAGUCGCUCGAGGACUUUCUCAUCCCCAAGUGCUUCCCGCAGCUAAUCGCCAAAGAGGACGAGGAUGGCUGAUGGUCCGGACAGUUGCAUGGAUGAAUUCGAGCUAUUGUACGAUGCGUCAGUAGAGUCUUUCGUUGUUACACACGCCGUGAUCGUUUUAUCUCCCGAUGAGAUUACUCCCGAAACCUGUAUUAUUGUUGUUUUAUUGGAAGGUUUUAUCCCCAGCAGUGAUUUAUGUGAGGCGUCAAGAUUGUUGGCUGUUGAAGAGUCAUGGAUAGCACUCAUUUUUUUGUGGCGAAUCGUCUGCGUAUUUAUCCACUCACCUACUUUUGGAGCAAUCGCCUGAGGCGUCAUAGCGCUGGUGCUCUAUUGCACCAGGCCUAUCAUCUGCUGUCAGUCAGUUAAGUUUCACUGAACCAUGUUCGAUAAGGUCACCAUUUCAAUCAAACCUUUACUAGACCUUUUUCCGAGCCUUCUCUGCGCAAAAGGAGAUCACCCCAGCCGGGAGCAGGUGUCGUAUGCUCGGUGCGCUGGUGGUGACGGCUCCCCCUCUGUGCGGAGCGUGUCUGCGACCCGGCGAGCCCCGGCCGCCCUCACUGCGGCCAUACCCCUCUCCUGUCUACCGUCAGACACGGGAGCGCCUCUGCGCCCACCUCGUACGCAUGGAUCACGUAUUCCGUAGCUAGCUGGCCGGCCGGUGACUAUAAGAUGUCACGUCUGCCUUCGGCAACGUUGUCCAUGAAUGGCCUCUUGCCAGGCCUUUUGCUCAAUAAGUCAGUGCGUUUAUUCCAAUAACUACCAAAGUACAAGUAGAGUAGUUAGGGGUAGGACCGUUAUCCUGCGUAGGACUGAUGGCAGAUGUAGAGCGAUCUGAGCACGGUUAGCGAGCAGAGCGGAUCGUAUGUUUGGCCUUACAGUUGCCUAAUGAUCUGAGCUGGUAGCUUGUGUACUGUGUAUUCGCCUUACGACCCCGUUCAAUAAACAUAGACUGCGGUC